AUGCGCACCCUGCAGAAUGCCGACGCAUACUGGCGAGGCGAGUUUGCUGAGCGAUGGGGCGGGUUGACCGAACUGCAGGGCGAAGCAGCCAAGCUGGCCGGCAGCUGGAAGAACUUGUAUGCCUCGCGUGCUGGGACAGACAGGACGCACGCGCCCUGGCAGAAGCCCAGCCCCUUCGAGGUCCAGGUCGCAGUACGCCGCCUGGUCCCCGAGACAGAGCCCGAGGCUUGUGUGGUCUUCCUCAUCGAUGGCUCGGGGAGCGUCACCGAAGAUGACUUCUCGUGCAUGACCAGCUUUGUGACUCAGGCCAUUGAACACCUGGACACCCAGGAGACGGCCACCCAGGUAGCGGUGGUCCAGUUCAGCAACGACUGCCGAUUGGAGCUGGCACCCUCGCCCAUCGUCCUGGAUCAAAUCACAAACGUCCUGGAGGGCAUGUACCGCAUGAACGGGGGUACCAACAUCAGCCUGGCAGUGCAGCGCGCCGGCCAGCUGCUGAAGCCCAUGGCGCCCCGGAUGCGGCGCGUGCUGGUCCUCCUCACGGACGGCCGCAUCGACUCGCACCAGGCUCGCGAGGCUCACGACAUGGCGCAACGCCUGGCCGACGAGCAGGGCCACGUCUGCCUGUAUGCCUUUGGCGUCGGGCGAGGCGUGGACCGCGCCGAGCUCCUGCGCAUCAUCUCCGCGCGGGACGCCUCCAGCGCAGACUCGCGGUACCUGGGCCUCUGCACCCUCGACGAGUCGCCCUGGUAG